UGGCUGCUGUCGCUCCGUGGAGCCCAAGGAGACCGCGGCCAGAGCGUCCACCGCCCAAGAUGGUGGCUCCUGUGUCUCCUCUCCCACCGGCGGAGCAGGAAUAAACUCUCCAGGCUUAGAUGGAUGGGCCCUGUUAGCCUGGCGGGCUGCCCCCAGCCUGCCUCCCCAUCAACUCUCCUUGUCAAGGGAGGUGCCUCUCUGUGUGUGGGGGAGGCAGGGGGGCAAGAGCAUUCAGGUGGGGGUUGGGGGUUCCUUGCUGAGAGAGCAAGAAUGGUGCCCCCAGGGAAGAAACCAGCGGGAGAGGCCUCCAACUCCAACAAGAAGUGUAAGCGUUACUUCAAUGAGCACUGGAAAGAGGAGUUUACCUGGCUGGACUUUGACUAUGAGCGGAAGCUGAUGUUCUGCCUCGAGUGCCGCCAGGCCCUGGUACGGAACAAGCAUGGCAAAGCCGAAAACGCCUUCACUGUGGGCACAGACAACUUCCAGCGCCACGCCCUGCUGCGCCACGUGACCUCAGGAGCCCACCGCCAGGCUCUGGCUGUCAACCAGGGCCAGCCCCCUUUUGAGGGCCAGGCUGAAGGUGGAGGGGCCUGCCCAGGUCUGGCUACGACCCCCGCCUCCAGGGGCGUCAAGGUGGAGUUAGACCCGGCCAAAGUGGCUGUGCUGACUACUGUGUACUGCAUGGCAAAGGAGGAUGUGCCCAAUGACCGCUGCUCUGCCCUGCUCGAGCUGCAGAGGUUCAACCUGUGCCAGGCACUGCUGGGCACAGAGCAUGGCGAUUACUACAGUCCCAGGAGGGUGAGGGACAUGCAGGUGGCCAUUGCCAGUGUCUUGCACACAGAGGCCUGCCAGCGCCUGAAGGCAUCCCCAUAUGUGGGGCUGGUGUUGGACGAGACCAGAGACUGGCCGGAGUCACACAGCCUGGCCCUGUUUGCUACUUCAGUGUCCCCCUGUGAUGGCCAGCCCGCCACCACCUUCCUGGGCAGUGUGGAGCUACAGGAGGGCGAGGCCACUGCUGGCCAGCUCUUGGACAUCCUGCAGGCUUUCGGCGUAUCUGCACCCAAGCUGGCCUGGCUCAGCUCAAGCCUCCCCAGUGAGCGCCUGGGGAGUGUGGGCCCACAGCUCCGGGCCACUUGCCCACUGCUGGCAGAGCUGCAUUGUCUCCCUGGCCGGACAGAUCCUGAGCCCCCGGCCUACUUGGGUCAAUAUGAGAGCAUAUUGGAUGCCCUAUUCCGCCUCCAUGGUGGCCCUAGUUCCCACUUGGUCCCUGAGCUCCGGGCAGCACUGGACCUUGCAGCUAUUGACUUGGCAGGGCCUCGGCCAGUGCCCUGGGCCUCCCUGCUGCCUGUCGUGGAAGCAGUGGCCGAGGCCUGGCCUGGCCUGGUGCCCACCCUGGAGGCUGCAGCCCUUGCCUCACCUGUGGCGGGGUCACUGGCCCUGGCCCUGCGCCAGUUCACCUUCGUGGCCUUCACCCACCUGCUGCUGGAUGCCCUGCCCUCUGUGCAGAAGCUCUCCCUUGUCCUGCAGGCAGAAGAGCCGGACUUGGCCUUGCUGCAGCCUCUGGUGAUGGCGGCUGCGGCCUCCCUCCAAGCUCAGCGCGGCUCAGGUGGGGCCCGCCUCCAGGGCUUCCUGCAGGAACUGGCAUCCAUGGACCCUGACGCCAGCAGCGGACGCUGCACCUACCGCGGCGUGGAGCUGCUCGGUUACUCCGAGGCUGCGGUCCGGGGCUUGGAGUGGCUCCGGGGAUCCUUCCUGGACUCCAUGCGGAAGGGCCUACAGGACUCCUACCCCGGGCCUUCGCUGGACGCCGUGGCCGCCUUCGCAGCGAUCUUCGACCCCCGACGCUACCCGCAGGCGCCGGAGGAGCUGGGCACGCAUGGCGAGGGGGCGCUGCGGGUGCUGCUGCGCGGCUUUGCUCCUGCCGUGGUGCGCCAGCGGGCGCUGGGCGACUUCGCGCUGUUUAAGCGCGUAGUAUUCAGCCUUGGGCGGCUCGGCCCGCGGGCCCUGUGCACCCAGCUGGCGUGCGCGCACUCGGAGCUGCACGAGCUCUUCCCCGACUUCGCCGCCCUAGCCGCCUUGGCUUUGGCGCUGCCCGCGGGCGCUGGCCUGCUGGACAAGGUCGGCCGCAGCCGGGAGCUGCGGUGGUGGGGGCAGAGUGGGGCCGGGGAAGGCCGGGGGGGCCACAUGGUGAAGAUCGCAGUGGAUGGGCCCCCGCUGCACGAGUUUGACUUCGGGUUGGCUGUGGAGUUCUUAGAGAGUGGGUGGGGAGAGGGCUUCCUGGGGUCGCAGCUCACCUGAGGGUGGCCUCCUUCCCUCGGCCCAUCCAGCCUGGGGCCCUGGGCACUGUAAGGGCCAACCUAGACUUGACCAUGCUGCACCCAAGAUGAUCUGCUGACUGCAGCCUCCCAGGGGCCUGAGGCCAUCCACCCGCCCUUCUGGAGCUUCCCACCAACCCCCACCCUGUGGGCUGUGGAGGAAGGGACUGGCUCAAGAGGGGCCUGGGCGGGUGGGCAGAGAUGCUAGGACCUGGGGUACCCUAAAUCAUUCCUGGCCUUUACACAGUUAGAUGAGGAGUAGCUCACCCUUUUCUCUUCUGGACUCGGGGCAAGUUUGGGUCCCCCCAAAGAUGGGAGUUUUUGGCUUGGGGAAGGAAGACUAGGUCUUGGAAAUUGAGUGGCUGAGGGAACGGACACUGGUCCUUGGUCCUUGGCUGUUUCUUUCUUUUUCUUUUCUUUUUUUUUCUUUUUUUUGAGAUGGAGUCUUGCUCUGUCGCCCAGGCUGGAGUGCAGUGGUGUGAUCUUGGCUCACUGCAACCUCUGCCUCCUGGGUUCAAGCGAUUCUCCUGCCUCAGCCUCCUGAGUAGCUGGGAUUACAGCCGCCUGCCACCAUGCCUGGCUAACUUAUGUAUUUUUAGUAGAGACAGGGUUUCACCAUGUUGGCCAGGCUGGUCUCGAACUCCUGACCUCAAGUGAUCCACCUGCCUCGGCCUCCCAAAAUGCUGGGAUUACAGGCAUGAGCCACUGCGUCUGGUCCUUGACUGUUUCUUAGCCCCACUCCUGGCAGUGUCUCUUCUCUUCAGCUAUGACUGGGGAGUAGAUGACCGUGCUUGUUUCUGACACACAGCACAGUGUCCUCUCUGUACACAAGCUGGUGGUUCAAGGGCCAAUGGUUCCAGAGAGAGAGUGGUUCCCUUCCUUCCCUCCUUACCAAUAGGCAACCUCAGGCCUUUUCUGUGUAUAACUGUGUAUAUAGACAUAAAAACCUACAAAUGUGAAAUAAAUCUAUGCUAUCUUUCAUAGUGUUACCACACAAACAUCUAAAAGGACUACUUUUGGUUUUGCAAUGACAGGGUGGAAAAAAGCCCCAGAUGGGCUGGAUUUUUUUUUUUUUUUCUGAUAUUUUCUUCCUCAAAGUCCAGUUGCUCUCCAAGUUCCUACCCCUCCCCUGCCCUUGCCUCAGACCUUUAAGACCAAAGACUGCAAAACCACAGUGCUGUACCUGCCGCCUCCAAGGACUGGCGUCGAGGCCCAACCCAGGAAUGUUGGCUUAUUUGCCUCCUGGGGGAAGCAGUUUAGGCCUCAUCAGAGCUGGGGAGCACAUCUCUUCAGAGCCCAUGGGUUUCCCAUUCCCUCCUGUCAGCCCUGGCCAUGAAAUCCUGGGGAUCUGGAGGGAGGGAGGAUAGUUAGAGAGUGAGAGGGGCGAGGGCUGGCCUUUUCCUAAUACCCCUGGGUUUGAGUUUAAUUUGCAAUAAAAUGGAAUCCCAGCACAUCA